AUGAAGAUUCGCAUUAUAACGCGCACCGGACUCGGUCGAGAGUAUGAUUUUGAUGUCGACCCUUCCAUCAUCAUUCAAGAGCUGAAGAAACGUGCGGGCGAAAAAGCUGGUUAUUCUGACUUGGAAAAGCUGUGGCUUGUCUUUGAUAGAGAAGUACUAUACGAUGAAGCUACAUUAGAAGAUUACGACGUACAAGCAGAUUCGGUACUGGAAUUAGUCGAUCAUACACAACGUUACCGCAGUUUGGGUGGUUUGAUUGGAUUAAAAUUUGUCGAUGUUAGUGAUAACCAAGCAUUGAAACGAACCGCAUGGUCUAAAACAGCUCCACGAUGGCGACGGACUAGACAUGGUCUAUCUCUUGAAGGUCUAUGCCCAAACAAGAAGUGCGAAGCUUAUAAUUCUACAGUUAUUAUGCCCGUUGGUUAUAAGAAAGUCGAUAUGUUGGACGACGAUUCACUCGAAAAGUUAACUAAAUGUCCCGUAUGUAAGGAAUAUGUCACUGCAGUAACAUGUGGUUUCAAUAAUUGUUGGUGGAGAUACGACGGAGUACAAAGUUGCAAAGAUCGUCCGUCAAAGCGAUGUUCAAGUGAUUGGAGAGAAGCUGAUGAUGCGUAUCAUCGUUUUAAUGAAUAUCAAGAUGAAACGGUUUCGUGGAAAAAGUUAACAUUGGAAGCGUCUAAAACAGGACCAGCUGAAAUAUUGGAAAAAACACCGAAGAAUUCGUCGAAAACUGCAUUGGAUAUUGUACCGACGAAUGUACAAACAAUGCAAACAGCCUCCCGACCGCCUGCAGUCGAUGUUGCAGCUACACCACCAAAAAAAUGA